AUGAAAGCACCUCCACCCUCUGGAAAACAGAGCCAAAGACUGGAGGUGGAACUAGUGAAAAGGGAAGAAGUGACACAGCGGACAGAUGUCAAUGAAAAAGCAGGCCCUGCAGAUGGAAUAGGUGUGGUCGAAAGACGAAAGAAGCAGGAGGAACGAACUCGAUGGGCAGGGCAAGAGGUAUUGGCAGAACAGCUACGACAUGCCAGACAGGGCACGCAGGAGAUAUGGAUGAAACGUAGUCUAAAUGAACCGUCUGUCCAAUCUUUCCGCAACCAAUGGCAAGCCGCAUUGCGCACACGUGCGGUGGCGCGCGUACUGCGCCCUGGCGGCGGUGGCAAGCACGACGCUCGGCGACGGCCGGCUGGCUGCGGCGAGCGCGCCGUCCGCCCUGCAGACAUGUGGGCCUCUUCGCCGCUGCCGCUGCUGCUGCUGUGCCUGCUGCUGGCGGCGCUGCUGGGCUGCGCGCGGGCGGCGCAGGCAGCGCAGGCGGCGCCCGGCACCGGCGCCGGCGCCGACGCCAACGCCCUGCCGCUCGACCAGCGCUUCUUCCUCAAGCAGAUCUUCGACAAGUACGGCCACGACGGCAUCAUGACGUUCGAGGUAGUUAUUUAG